AUGAACAUUAUAUCAAUUAAAUAUAUAAAUAGUUUUGUUAGAAGUAAUAUUUUUCUUGGAUAUUUAAAGAUAAAAAUAAGGAAAUAUGAAAGAACUCGUGAAUUUCGUACAUAUUUAAAACAUAGUAAUAUUUUAAGAGUUGAUAAAAAAUUUUAUGAUGCAUUAAACUUUGAAAAAAGUUUAAAUGAAACAUUAAGCAAUGUUCAAAAAAUUCUGAAUGAAAAUAAUUUCUAUGUAUAUAUAAAAAAUAAGGAAGGUAAUAAAUAUGACUUAAAACUUAAAAAAGCAGAAAAUGAAGUAGAUAUUUUUAAAUUAUUAAACAUAUUAAAUAAAAUAUUAGUUAUAAUAAAAAAAAAUGAUGAUUUAAAGAUAAAAAUUUGGAAAAGUGAGGUAUUUCUUGAUUUCUUAACUUAUCUUAAAAUAAAAAUUCCUAUUUUUAAUUUUCAUGAAUUAUUUUUGUUUGUAUUAUGUUUUUCUAAAAUACAAUUUAUGCCUCAAAUUUUAUUAAAUGAAAUCCUAGAAACUGCAAGGGAUGAAUUUUUUUUAAAUAAUUUCUUCAAAGAUGAUAGAAAUAAAUUUUUUCAAUUUCUACUUCUUUUAUCAAAUAUAAAAAAUAUAAAGAGUAGUCCAGUUAAUUCUAAUUUUUCAACUUUUAUAAAUAAUUAUAUUAAAGUAAUUUUAGACAAUAUUCAAAAGAAAGAAAUAUGUGUAAGUGAAGAAAAGUUACAUGAAAAAGAAAUAAAAGAAAGUAAUCAAGAAAUAAAAGAUAAUUAUUUAACAAUAGAUUGUUAUAUGCUACUGUGCACUUCUCUAUAUAAUUUUAAUAUAAGAGAUUUUGCUUUAUUUUACGAAGUAAGUAAUCAAAUAAUAAAAAUAUUAGACAAUACAAGUAUAGUAAUGGAAAAAGUUGAAGUGGGAAACAAAUUAAUUAAUAUAUAUUUAUCUUUUUGCUCUCUAGGCUAUGACAAUUAUUAUUUUUAUGAUAAGUUAAAUUCAUUUUUAUAUAAUGUAAUUGAUUUUCUCCCAUUGUCUAGUUGUGUAACAUUGUUACUGUGCAUUUCAACAUUAAAAGAGCAAAUAAAUUUCAAUUUUCCCUUAUGCAUCUUAUCAUUAUUAGAAAAAAAUUUUAUAAAUAAAUUUUAUUCACUCGAUGAUAAAGACUUAUUGUUGUUAAUAUACUUAUUUACUUAUUUAAAAUUAUACAUUUCACAUCAUGAGUCAUAUAUAUGCAUGAUUGACUAUUUAUUUAAUUUUAGAAAUUUUAAUUUAUCAAAUGAGGAUGAUAAAUUAAAAUUAUUUCAAAUUUAUGUUUCAUUAACACAAGGUAAUAACAAUUCUAAUAAUAAUGAAAUAAUGAAAGAGAACAUAAAUGAAUUAGAAGAAGAUAACAAAGAAUUACAUUUAAAUAAAAAAAAAAAUCAAAAUAAUAUAAAUAAAUUAAUUUUCGAAAAAUUAGAAAAUAUAGGUGCUAUUAAUAAAAUCUUAAAGAAUAUACAAUUAGAUAAUGAACAUAAUAUUCCAGAAUUAAAUAAUGAUAUAAAUGAACAUAUAGAUGACUUGUAUUUAUUACUAAACAACGAAUUUAACAAUAAAAUAUUUAAAGUUAAAAAAAUCCGAAAAAAUGAAAUUCUCUUUAAUUAUUAUUUGAAUCAUAUUUAUUUAGUUUUACAUAAAAUAGAUAAUUCAGAAAAGGAACAUCAAGUUAUUAUUCAUUUUGAGACUAGUCCAUUUUAUAAUUUUAACAAUACUAUAGAUAUAUAUACAAAUAUGAAAAAGCAACAUAUACACAAUUUAAAUAUUAAUUACAUUUUAAUUAAGUUAUGCCUAUGGAAAAAUUUCACUCUUGAAGAAAAAAAAAAAUUCUUGGCACAUGAAAUUUUAAGUAAGUUAUGA